GUAAUCCUGUUGAUAACAAACGCAUGGCCAAUCAAUGGCCGUUUACAAAAUUCCUGUGUUUAGUAUACUGUCAAACUGUCAUGUUGUAAUGCAACUGCAAAUGUGGGUUAUUUAUUGAUCAAACCUAUAUUGUUAAUCGUCAGAUAAAUGUAAGAGUACAUUGUGUGUUGUGGGCAAGCUCGAGCGAAAUGUUCAAAAACACAUUUCAGUCCGGUUUCCUUUCCAUUCUUUACAGUAUAGGCAGCAAACCUUUACAAAUUUGGGACAAAAAGGUGCGAAAUGGGCACAUAAAGAGGAUCACGGACAACGACAUCCAAAGUCUAGUGCUGGAAAUAGUCGGUACCAAUGUCAGCACGACGUACAUUACAUGUCCUGCUGAUCCUAAAAAGACGCUUGGUAUCAAGCUGCCUUUUCUGGUUAUGAUAAUAAAGAAUCUGAAGAAGUACUUCACUUUCGAAGUUCAGGUGUUGGACGAUAAGAAUGUACGCAGAAGAUUCAGAGCUAGUAAUUAUCAGUCUACAACUCGGGUGAAGCCCUUUAUUUGUACAAUGCCCAUGCGUCUUGAUGAAGGUUGGAAUCAAAUCCAGUUCAAUCUAGCAGAUUUUACACGAAGAGCUUAUGGAACGAAUUAUGUAGAAACUCUCCGAGUACAAAUACAUGCAAACUGCAGGAUUAGAAGAGUAUACUUCUCUGAUAGACUGUACUCUGAAGAUGAACUUCCUGCGGAAUUUAAACUUUUCCUACCAAUACAAAAUAAGACCAAAAAUGCUGUGGCAACUUAAAAUAAAUUGAUAAGUGUGAAGAUGCAAACUUGUAAUGUCCUUUAUCUUAGUAAAUGUAUUUAUAAGUUUA